CGCUCGACGUCGUUCCGUAAGCUUCCUUGCUCCUUAUCACCGUGCGGGCAUAUCCUUGCCUGAGAUAAAUUUUGCGCGGGACACCCGCCACGCCCAACUUUGUUGAGGCCCGUAAGCCUUUGGAUUUGGUUGCAAUAAUAUUGUCUUGUCCUGAAAGAUCUUCCCGAACAGCUGUAUGGACAAUGCCUGCGGGCUGACAACCUGACUAUUAUUCAAGUAUACCGGUAAUGCUUUGGCACCGGUAGUGAAACCCCUGAAGCAGGCUCUUGAAGUUUUCGUUUUAUCUUAAAAUUUGGGCUAAAUUUCGUCGAGUGACCAAUCCAACCUUGGGCCGAUGGAGGCUUCAACCGCGGAGGAUGCCUCCGCAGCGGCGACAGCCACCACCCUUUCCCACGACGCAAAGGAAUACGGUUCCGGCUUUUCAUCGGGCUUCUUGCGUUUUCUCGACACCGGAGAGCUGGCCGACGUCGUCGUGCAUGUCGUCGCCGAUGCCAAUGGAACAUCACCAACACCGCCCUCUACUUCUCCUAGCCUAUCCCUUCCUCCCACAACCACAUCAUCAUAUCCCUCCUCCUACGACCCAAGCGGCCAGGACUACCACCUCCACAGCCUCAUCCUCUCCCGCCAAAGCGCCUUCUUCGCAGCAGCCCUAAACCAAACCACAUUCGCGGAUUCCGCAUCCCGUCGGAUCCGCCUCGUGUUGGAUCCAGCCGCCGCCCCAGCCUGGCCCUCACUGAUCCGCUACUUUUAUUCCGACCGAAUCCUGCUGAACGACGCAAACGCGCUGCCGCUGUUGGCCCUUGCACGACAGCUGCUGGUUUCGGAGCUAGAUUCGUACUGCACGGCAUUCGUACGGGAGCGCAUGUGCGCUGCCAACUGUCUGGAGCACCUGAGGG